CAGUUGACAAGCGCCCUUCGUUCGCGACAGACCUUCUUUUUCAUCGCUCUUGUGCAUCGAAGUUUCUUCUUUCUGUUGCGAAUAUAUUUUGCAUUUACGCAAGAUGGCUUCGCACAGAAGAAAUACUCUAGUCGUGGACUUCGGCGUAUUACCGAAGCGACCCGGCUUACAACAAGUCGAAAAAUUCCUUAAGGAAUUCGUUAAAGUUGACAUGGUUGAUGUGAGAAACAUUCAGCUACACAACAUCAAAAACUGUUUGUUCAUUGAAAUGAAUGACGCAGGCGUAGCCCCACGGCUACAGAAGCAGCACCAUCUUCAGCACUAUUUCACGCUCGAAGGAAUCAGGUAUUACAUUCCCGUAUACGUGGAUGGCCCUACUACCACCGUUAGGAUCCACGAUCUUCCACCCCAAAUGGACAACGAUGUCAUCUCCGACCACAUGCAGCAAUACGGGCAAGUAAUUUCCAUUAAAAAUGAAGUGUGGAAGAAUUAUUUCUCUGGGAUACCGAACGGCGUGAGAAUUGUUCGUAUGCGGAUGGACAAGCCGAUACCAUCGCAUAUUGUAGUGAACAACCAUAGCACAUACGUUAGCUGCUCAAACAAAAGCAACCAAACGACGACGGCCCGCGGUACAAAAAAGCAACAACAAAAUACACCAGCUACCACAUCCAGCUCGGCUCAUGAGCGCGAUAUCCAACACGACAACGAAUCACAGGCGGCUCAAAUUGAUGAUGACCACAGCGACGAAGAGAAUGACAACAACGACGAUCACGAAUGGAGUAACGAGAACUAUACAGCGACAGAAAAUACCGAUGAUACAGCGAAGCGGCGGUUGUCAACCGAGUCAAAUGGAACGGAGGAAGAAAAUGCAGCAAAGCGAUCAUGUAAUCCGGGCACCCAGAAAACCGAUUCAGAGUGGCAAAUGAUCACAAGAUCGAAGAAAAAGAGUUAUAUUGUAUUAAAAUCUAAUUAAAAGUCGAAAUAAAUGAUACGACACGAAUGCACCUUUUGGUGUAAAGUGUCGCUAAUUAAAGCAAAAAAAAAACAUAUCUGUAUUCAAAUCAAUUGGAGGGAAUUUAAAUGAACUAUAAUUAGCAUCUUGAAUUUUGGAACGAUGUUGAAAUUUAAAAAAAAAUUUGGUGUUUUAUUAGAAAAAUAAUGUAAUCGUUAUGUAAAAGUUUUCAAAGCUCAUUAUAUAAGUCAUAAAUGGUCAAAAUUUCAUUGCAUUCGGUUCAUUGAAUCCGGAGAUAUGACAGCUCAAUGUUGGCUAUCGGAUAAUUAUACCUUUUUCUAGAAUCUUUAUAACUUCGUGCAGAAUAGUCCGAUGUUUUCCAAAUUUUCUCCACUGAUACAGAUGGAUACAUUUUUGGUAAAAUUAUGAAAAAAAAUCACAGCCCUGGUGAGAUUUGAACUCACGGUCCUUA